AUCCUUGCAUGUCGAUACAUAGGGCAAGCAUAAAGACCACGCGGUCGACGAAAUUUCACCUACACUGACAUAAGUUAGUUUGUCCCCACACUUCCCAGUCGCUAUGUUCAACAAAGGAAACGCAAAAAAACAGGGGGAAAAAACAGAAGAACCGAGGCGAUGUUUAAUCAGUGUUUAUCUGGCUUAUCUAGCACCGAUCGGAUUUGAUAAUAGGUUGUUAAACAGCUAUCAGUGUAGAGUUAGCCGGGUGAUAGUUGCAAUAGAAAGAAAACAAACAAAUUUGGUGAGUGUUUAUCGGUGUGACAAAGACACAAAAACAUACAAAAAUAGUGAUUUUACGUAAGAAGUCGCAGCUAUUUGGUGCUAUAGGAAGGCGCAAGAGAAUCGUCAGUAGACGACAACAAGCGCUCCGGUCAGCACUCGAUCGAACAACUGCUGGCUGAUGCUCUAUAUAUACCCUCAUUGUUUUACUGCUCCAUCAUCGGUUGGACGACGAAGACUACGAUUGCACCGGCAGAAUGCAACAAUGGCUAAAAAUAUCGUUGAUGUUGUGCACCUUCGGAUUUCUGAAGGAAAUCCGUCCCAGUGAACCGUUCAUCGUGGACUACCUGGCCGGACCAUGGCGCAAUCUGACGAUGAAUGAGGUUCUUCAGGAAGGCUUCCCCGUGGGGACUUAUUCCUACCUGGCCCAGCUGGCCAUUAUCUUCUUGAUAACGGAUUUGCUUCGCUAUAAGCCGUUGAUCGUGGUCAAUGGUCUAGCGGGAAUCAUCGUCUGGAGCAUGCUUAUCUGGACGACUUCGCUGGCGGGGCUCAAGGGUUUGGAGGUUUUCUACGGAACGUACUGUGCGGCCGAGAUCGCAUACUACAGCUACAUCUAUGCCAAGGUCGAUCGGGAGCACUAUCAGAAGGUUACGUCACACACGAGGGCCGCUACCUAUAGUGGGAAAUUUCUGGCCGGCGUUCUGGCCCAGCUGCUGGUGUACUUCGAAGCAAUGGACUACAAACAGCUCAACUAUUUGUCGCUGGCGGCACAGAUCUGUGCGACACUUUGGGCCUUCGCUCUUCCUCCGGUCAAAACGAGCAUGUAUUUCCACCGAAGAACCGUGACCGAUGAAACCGGACCAGCAGUCCUCAACGAACACGACUCGGACAAAAACAGUGACGAAAAUUCCACGGCCCGGCUAUCCAAAAAACGACGUCUAAUGGCGGCCUUCGUACUCAUAUGGGUUCAUUUCCGAACGUCCUUCACCAAUCUGAUAGUUUUACAAUGGAGCAUUUGGUACGCAUUGGCCAUGACAGGAUUCAUACAGGUCAUCGCCUAUAUCCAGGGCCUUUGGAGUGAGGUAAACCCCGCACAGCCACCGAUCUGGAAUGGAGCCGUGGAAGCUAUCCUAACGCUACUCGGGGCACUGGCAUCCCUGGCAGCCGGUUACAUUCACGGAGGCUUCCUGAAGCAACGCAGCAGCCUCUUCGCUCUAGCCAUCCUAUCCCUAGGCCAGGGAGGAGCCAUCCUCUUCGCUACAAUGACCAAAACCCUACUGAUUUCCUAUCUCGGUUACAUUAUAUUCGGGGUCCUCUACGCCUUCACCAUAACCGUCGUGAGUGCCGAAAUCGCUAAGAACAUCUCCGACGACACCUUCGGUUUGGUGUUCGGUUUCAACACUUUGGUGGCCCUCUCCCUACAGACCCUACUGACCUAUGCCGUGACCGAUGCCGAUGGCUGGUUUGCCUUGGAUGUGAUUGGCCAAUUUACCGUUUAUGGGUAUUACUUUGUCGCAUUGAGCGGCAUCUAUCUGAUAUUCCUGAUUGUGGAGAUAAUCAGCACCACCUUCUGUAGGAGAAGGAAAGAUGAUAACAACACUCUGUAGUAGUUAAGUACACAGGCAAACACCUUCUCGCUUACUUAUCGUUACGUUUGACAAUUGUGAAGAUGCUUAGGUACCUGUAGCAUUAUCUCUAGACUGAUUUUUGUAUCAAAU